GCAGCCUCGAAUGAGUAAAACACUGACCUCACUGGAGGAUUUGACAUUUACAUUCAUUUUUUUACUGUAAAAGAAACAACAAAGACGUAUAACAAUACAAGUAAAAGUAAAUAUUCUCUUUGUAAUACUGACACCUAGUGGACAUUCAGUGUGUGAAUGGGCACUAAAAGCAUUUUCCACACGUGAUGUUUCUCAAACAAAGAACCAGGAAACGUCUCAAAUUGGAAACCGAAACUAGAGUGUUUUUCUUUGCAUUUGUGCAGCUGGUGAAAUGGCAGAAGCCAGUAUUUCAGUGGUUCAUGAUCAGUUCAGCUGUUCAAUCUGUCUGGAUCUACUGAAGGAUCCAGUGACUAUUAACUGUGGACACAGUUACUGUAUGAGCUGUAUUACAGACUGCUGGAAUCAGGAGGAUCAGAAGAGAGUUUAUAGCUGCCCUCAGUGCAGACAGACCUUCACUCCAAGACCUGCUUUAGGAAAGAAUGUGAUUCUUGCUGAGAUGGUGGAGAAACUGAAGAAAACAAAACUUCAGACUGAUGGAGCUGCUCCCAGUUAUGCUGGACCUGAAGAUGUGGAGUGUGACGUCUGUACUGGGAGAAAACACAAAGCUGUCAAGUCAUGUCUGGUGUGUCUGAACUCUUACUGUCAAACUCACUUUGAGCGACAUGAAGAACUUCAAUCAGGAAAGAGACACAAAGUAACUGAAUCCACUGGAAGACUUCAGGAGAUGAUCUGCCCUAAGCAUUUCAGAGUGCUCGAGGUUUUCUGUCGCACUGAUCAGAAAUUGAUAUGUUAUCUGUGUACGAUGGAUGAUCAUAAAAGCCACGACACUGUAUCAGCUGCAGCAGAGAGAACAGAGAAACAGAAACCAUUGGAGGACAACCAGAGAAGAUUCCAGCAGAGAAUAGAGGAGAAAGAGAAGAAGCUUCAGGAUCUCAGAGAGGCUGUGAAGACACACAAGAGCUCUGCACAGACAGCAGUGGAGGACACUGAGAGGAUCUUUACUGAACUGAUCCGCUCCAUUAAGAGAAGAAGCUCUGAGGUGAUACGGCUGAUCAGAGAUCAGGAAAAGACUGCAGUGAGUCGAGCUGAAGGACUCUUGAAGGAACUGGAGCAGGAGAUUGAAGAUCUGAGGAGGAGACAUGAUGAGAUGGAGCAGCUUUCACACACAGAAGAUCACAUCAGUUUCCUUCAGAGUUUUCAGUCUCUCUCUGAAUCUCCUGGAUCUACAGACAACAUCACUGUCAGUUCUCUUCUCUUGUUUGAUGAUGUUAGGAAAUCUGUCACUCAACUUAAAGAAAAGGUGGAGGAUUUCUGUAAAGAAGAGAUUGGAAAGAUAUAUUGCAAAGUUACAUACAUUGAAAUUAUUCCCACCAAUGAACCCAAGACAAGAGUGGAGUUCCAACAAGAUUUCCAACUGUUCUCUCUGGAUCCAAACACUGUAAACAAAAACAUCUGUCUGUCUGAGGAGAAAAGAGAGGCUACUUACACUGACAGAGUCCAGCAGUAUCCUGAUCAUCCAGACAGAUUUGAUCAAAGACGUCAGGUGUUGUGUAGAGAGAGUGUGUCUGGACGCUGUUACUGGGAGGUUGAGUGGAGUGGAGAUGUUGGUGUGGAUAUAGUAGUCUCAUAUAAGAGCAUCAUAAGGAAGGGAGAUGGUGAUGCUGUUGGUUAUGGUGAUGCUGUUGGUUAUGGUGAUGAUGUUGAUUAUGGGGAUGAUGUUGAUGAUGGUAAUGAUGAUGAUGUUGAUUAUGGUGAUGAUAUUGUUGAUGAUGUUGACGAUAAUGAUGACGUUGAUUAUGGUGAUGUUGAUGAUGUUGAUUAUGGUGAUGAUGUUGUUGACGAUAAUGAUGAUGUUGACGAUAAUGAUGAUGUUGAUUGUGGUGAUGUUGAUGAUGUUGAUUAUGGUGAUGAUGUUGUUGAUGAUAAUGAUGAUGUUGACGAUAAUGAUGAUGUUGAUUAUGGUGAUGUUGAUGAUGUUGAUUAUGGUGAUGAUGUUGUUGAUGAUAAUGAUGAUGUUGACGAUGAGGAUGAUGUUGAUUAUGGUGAUGAUGGUAAUGAUGGUAAUGACAUUGAUGAUAUCGAUUAUGGCGAUGAUGUUAUUGAUGAUCGUGAUGCUGAUAAGUGUGUAUUUGGAUGUAAUGAUCAGUCCUGGAGUUUGGACUGCUCUCUCUCUGAAUGUUCAUUCUGGCACAAUAGCACAAAGACUAAACUCCCAGUAGUGUCCAGUUCUUGUAGAAUAGGAGUGUAUGUGGAUCACAGUGCAGGAAUUCUGUCCUUCUACAGCGUCUCUGACACAAUGAACCUCAUCCACAGAGUCCACACCACAUUCGCUCAACCUCUAUAUCCUGGAUUUGGGUUAGAUAAGAGCUCAACCGUCAAACUGUGUGAUUUAACAAAUUGAAGGAUACAUCCUUAGAUGAGACAAAAAAUAAGACAAAUGUAUUAUCCAAAAAAAUACAGUAGUUUGAUAAUUAAAUCUCAAUCUCAAAUUUGAUAAGAAUCGUUUAUGUCAGACAUUGUAAUGUUCUUUCACACACAUGCUUUAGUUCUUGAGUUAGUUGAUGUUUGAAGUUCUAUUACUGUGAUUAACUUAUAACCAUACCAAACUUAUUAUAUAUUUGAUAAGUUUGGUAAAAUUAGACUUUUGGUUUCAUUAUUUAAAUAAAUAAUUUCAUUUGUUUAAAAUGGCUUUACAAGUUUUUCAAUUCAGUUUAGGUGGUUAUUAUCUGUGAAUAAUAUACCUUUGAUAUUGUAACGGGCCAAUCGGAAUUAAGUAUUCCAGAUCACCAAGUAAUAAAACGCUAU